AUGCAGGCACGCGCGCUCUCACUAACUGCCGCGGUUGCGCUUCUCUCCGCGCUUCCGCUGGCUCUCGCGCAUGGCGAUGACCACGACAUGGAUAUGGGCGACAUGGCGGAACACGGCAGCAUGGACGAUGGGCCUGCUGAAGGCUGGCCUAUGAGCUACUUCAGCUAUUCGGAGCACGUUAGCUUGCUGUGGACUUACGUUGCCCUUACGGUCAUCACUUGGCUUCUGGUUGCUCCACCUGUUGUGAUGCUCAGCGUUGCGCGCUCGCGCCUCACUGUCCUCGCUCAGUUCCUCUUCCUCGCCCUGCAGGCCCUUACCCUCCUCGUCGGUAUCGCCUACGACGCGAAGACACCGGAUCUGUACGAGAAUAGCGCAUACAGCAAGCUCAGAUGGCCUGUGUUUAUCAUCACGGGCAUUUGGGUCUUCCUGGGCCUCAUCAAUCUCUACACGGACCGCGCCAAUGCCUCCGGAGAAGCCAGCCAGCCUCUCUCCGUGGCAGUCAUGGCUCGGUACUCGCGCCUUCAGCAGGCUUCCUCGGAGCACCCCCGAUUCUCCCACGACUCUGGCCAGGGCACUGAGAGGAACUCGGCUUCCCUCUACGGACACUCGCGUUCGCCGAGUGCCGAGUCCGACAACAUGCCCAGCCCCUACCACGAUGCCGACCUCGAGGACAUUGACGACUUUGAGGAAAAGCGUGCAUUCCUCCAGAACAGCCGCGUCGAUCGCUGGAUGUCUCGCUUUGUCACGCGCGUCUCUGCAGGCCGCUCACUCAAGCUCGUGCGCUUCUUCUACGUCUUGAUUGAGAGAACCAUCCUCCUCCUUGGAUUCGUGCUCCUCAUGAUGGGCAUUGUUACCAUUGGCGGAAUUGCUCGCGGCGACGCUGUUUUCAACAUUUUGGCCCACUUCGUCAAGGGCGCCAUCUUCUUCUGGUACGGCCUGCUUACUCUGGGUCGCUGGAUGGGAUGCUUCGCCGACUUUGGGUGGGCAUGGAACGUCAAGCCUGGUGAGGAUCUUGUGGGCCGCUGGAGGGCGCGCAUGCCUACCGCUGAGUUCACCGAGUCUGCCGUCAUCUUCGCAUACGGCGCUUCGAAUGUCUUCUUGGAGCAUUUGGCAGCUUGGGGCGGCGCCUGGACUGCGCAGGACCUCGAGCACGUUUCCAUUUCCGUCAUGUUCUUUGGCGGUGGUGCUCUCGGUAUGCUCAUCGAGUCUAAGAAGGUUCGCGAGCUUCUCAACGCCGCUAUGCUGAGCAACCGCGAUUCCAUCUCGCAUUCGGCCGAUGAAAAGUGGGAGCAGCCCAAGACUUACCGCGUUUCCUUGAAUCCGAUGCCCGGUAUGGUCAUUCUGCUCCUCGGCAUGAUGAUGGGAUCGCACCACCAGGCCUCAAUGCUCUCCAGCAUGGUCCACAAGCAGUGGGGUAACAUGUUCGUGGGCUUCGCUCUGGCCCGCGCUGCCACCUACAUGCUGCUCUACCUGUCUCCUCCGACCUCCUUCCUCCCCGCGCGCCCGCCGACGGAAAUCGUUUCCUCCUUCUGCCUUGUUGCUGGCGGAAUCACAUUCAUGGUCAGCAACAAAGACACGGUCGGUGCCCUCGAGUCUUUCGGACUAGACGCCAUGUUCACCUUCGUUCUCACCGUUGGUCUGACGGCGCUGAUCAUGGCUUGGACCGUGGUCAAUGUGGCGCUCAAGGGCUGGGCCUUCCGCCGCGAGCACGUGUCGUCUUUCCCGAAGCAGAGCGCCGGCGCUUCUCUGGCUUAA